AUGUCCACCUUCGCCUUCUUGGUACUCUGCCUCCAAGCUUGCUUGGUUCAGAAUGUAUACAGCCUGUGGUGUGGCGCUGGACCAGCUUACGGCCCUGCCGCGUUUGCCGAGCCCUGCGGAUGUGGCUACGGUGAUUUUGGAUAUUAUGGUCCUGGUGCUUACGCUGGCUACGGCAUGGGUCUCGCUGCUCCUGGUUUAGGCCCCUAUGCUUAUCCUUCAGCUGCUGGCGCCUACGGAGGUGAGGGUAUCGGUGAUGUAGCAAUCAUCGGUCAGAUGCCAGUUGGUGGUACCACUGUCAUAGGUGGACAAGUGCCCAUCCUCGGCGCUGUUGAGUUCGGAGGCGCUGUGCCAGCCGCUGGAGCUGUCACUAUCGCUGGUAGCUGCGGCUGCGACUGUAGAACUAACAGACCUUACUGUUAC